AUGUCGACGACCGGGUUCUCGACAACGACAAUCAAUGGCAAAAAAUGCACGGCAGUGCCGAUAGCACUGAACGUAGGAGGCGGAGGUGGACAGACGACACCGGCGGCAGCAUCAACCUCGACGACGUCGUCAACUUCGACAUCAACAACUUCAACUUCUACAUCGACAUCGACAUCGACAUCGAUCUCAACAUCAAUAGAAACACCAACGACAGCUGCUGCCGAGGGGCCGACUCAGUUUCCAGCUCCAGCUGAUCCGCCGCCACCGCCGCCGCCGACGAUAGAUGCUUCUGUCACAAGCACUCAAGGUGCUUCACCAGAGACUGUACCAAGUACGACAAGCUCCACAUCUUCCCGGAGCGUGAUAUCAAGCACAACUGUCGAGCCUGGCUCUACAGAAACACAAGCAGUCCCUGUCAUAAUUAACGCUCCUGUAGCAACAACUCCAACAUCUAUUGGCACUAGUCCUGUGGAAGAUGUCACUCCCCCCACCUUCACAGCUCUUACCAGUCAGUCAGAUACUCAGGCGCUGGACUCAGGCACGGAGACUAAUGACAAAUUAGCAUCGACAACAGCGUCGGAUGUGCAAUCAAAUACAUCAAGUACAACAACCGAGGAGACUGAGCCAACUGAGCCGACUGGAACAACUCAACCAUUUGGAACGACUGGUACCACCACAUCAGAUCCCACGACUACAGACUUGGCACCAGUGACAAGCAUAGACACAGGCUCACUCGAGUCCGAAACAACGGGGGCAGUGCUGCCAAGUACAGGUGAAGCAGCGACCGGCAAUGCCACCAGCACCGGGAAGACGGCCGCCAUAGCCGGAGGUGUGAUUGGAGGAUUGGCGGCGAUCGCACUAAUAGGGGUCCUGAUAUGGUUCUGGAGGAAGCGGAUGAUGAAGAAGCGGAGGAGCACCUUGCUGACACCACUCUCUGCGGAACCCACGUUCGGCGGAGGCCGAGGCGAUGAGAAGGGCCCCUACAUCAUCAACCGGACGUCCCUAGGGCCGACCCCAUUCCCGGAGAAAUUCAGAGCGGUCGUGGGAUACAACUACAAGCGGAUCCGCGGCCGGGUCAGCCGACUCGUCUCCCACAGUCCGAACCCCAGCGUGAACCUCAACCGGGGCAACUCGCAAUUCGGACCGCCCGACACGCCCGACAGCCGAUCCAGCUCGAGAGCCGGGGCUGCUCCGUUGACGGCCAAGGACCGCCUCGCGGACUGGUGGGGACGGCUGACGGAGGACGCCAAGUUCAACUGGCGACUGCGCGGCGGCGAGCCCAAGAGCAACCGCACCGACAACGACCCGUUCGCCGUCACGCGGAGCAUGAAGGAGGGAAAAAAGCCGACGCGGGGCUCACAACCGGACUUCCUCACGCUGCUGAGCAUGGACGAGAAGGAACGUGAGCGCGCCAAGGAACGCGACAGCAGCAUGAACGGCGCCAACGGCGGCAACCCGCGACGAUCCGCCUCGGUGGGCAGCAACGAGCACUUCCUUGGCGGCCUGAACCUCAACUUCGACACUCUGAAUCCCUUUUCCGACGCCAACGCCGUGGGCCGCGACUCGGCGAAAAUGGCGCCCAGCAACCCGUUCUCGGACUCCAAUGCCGUCGCGGUCCCGUCAGCGGCGAGAUCUACGGGGCCGACGACCUAUGUCCAGAACGUCCGCCGGUCGCGCGGUCACAGCGUCAGCGAUCCCGUUGGUGGCGCUGGUCGGCCUCCCAGCGGUCCCCGUGGGGACAGCAUGUACCGCGAGUCCGGGACGAGCAUGGGGUCGUUCGAGACGCGGCGCAACAAGUUCCGCUCCGACCCCUUCGACCUCGACCGGCCCGAGCUGCUCUCCAGCAAAGACCCCCGAACCGUCGGCAUGUCGGGCGGGAGCCGGAGCAGCCGCGUUAGUAGUAAGCGCGGAAUUCCGAACACGCCUCGGAUGGCACACGUUCGUACUGAGAGUUUCACGUCCAAGUACUCGAGUGGCGUCAUGAGUCUGGGCGACUGGAGCGAUCCCGGGCCGGAUGUCGGUCCCGCGGCGGCGCGGCGCGAGACGCCUACGCCGGAUAGUGCGCUGGGCCGGACGAAGAUCGGUGGCAGCCAGGGGAGCGUGGGUAAGGCGCUGUGA